AUGUGCGGUGGUUCGACAGUGAUAGCGCUGGUCUUUAUCGAUUCACAUUACUACGGCAAAACCGUUUUGGCUCCUCUGAAUAUUGUGCUCUACAAUGUGUUCUCGUCGCAUGGGCCGAAUUUGUAUGAUUUUUCGUAUGCUUACUGGCAACGUUUUCUACCGGUGUUAUUCGUGUUUAUGUCGAUGUGCUUAUGGCUGGUGAUAUUCUUCAGUCAACCUCACAAAGAAGAACGUUUCUUGUUCCCAAUUUAUCCACUGAUUGCACUGCUUGCCGCAGUUACGUUGGAUGCGAUACCGAGAGUUGGUACGAGCCUUUUGGGUGGAGGCACUCGAAAGGUGUGGCAUUUUUGUGUGGGAGCGUAUCUGGUCGUGUUCGUGGUGCUUUCCCUGUCGCGAUCGGCCGCAUUGCAUCGCAAUUUCUCUGCCCCAAUCGAGGUGUUCAAAGGACUGAACGAGCAUUUGACCGUUCCAGCAAAUCUCGACAAACAACGUUAUCAGGCGAGAGAGGUUCGUUGGAUGAGUUAG